AUGGCCUUGUGCGCCGCCGCGGCCUCCACAGCCACGGCCUUCGCGUCGAGCCGUCUGUCGGCCUCCACCGCGCGGCCGCGGGGCCCCUCCUCGACGUCGCUGCCGUCCUUCGUUGGCGCGUUCCCGCGCGCGGUCGCCGCGAGGAGGAGGCGGCGCGCGGCGGCGGCGGCGGCGGCCCGACGGGCGGGCGUCACGGUGCGCGCGGAGGCUAAGAAGAAGAGCGUGGUGAUCGUGAGCACCAACAGCGGCGGGCACGCCGUCAUCGGGUUCUACUUCGCCAAGGAGCUGCUCGCCGCCGGGCACGCCGUCACCGUGCUCACCGUCGGCGACGAGGGCUCCGACAAGAUGAAGAAGCCCCCGUUCUCUCUCUUCUCGGAGCUGACGAGCGCCGGCGGGAAGACGGUGUGGGGUGACCCGGCGGACGUCGGCGCGGCCGUGGGAGGCGCGGCGUUCGACGUUGUCCUCGACAACAACGGCAAGGACCUCGACGCUGUCAAGCCGGUGGCGGACUGGGCGAAGUCGGCCGGCGUGGGGCAGUUCCUGUUCAUCAGCAGCGCCGGCAUCUACAAGCCGACGGAGGAGCCGCCGCACGUCGAGGGGGACGCCGUGAAGGAGAGCGCCGGCCACGUCGGCGUGGAGAAGUACAUCGCGGAGCAGUUCGGCAGCUGGGCGUCGUUCCGGCCGCAGUACAUGAUCGGCUCCGGCAACAACAAGGACUGCGAGGAGUGGUUCUUCGACAGGAUCGUGCGGAAUCGGCCGGUGCCGAUCCCGGGGAACGGGAUGCAGCUGACCAACAUCUCGCACGUCCGGGACCUGUCGCGCAUGCUGUCGCUGGCCGUGGAGAAGCCCGGCGCGGCGUCGGGCAAGGUCUUCAACUGCGUGUCGGACCGCGCCGUGACGCUGAGCGGCAUGGCCAAGCUGUGCGCGGCGGCCGCGGGCGUCGCCGCCGUGGAUAUCGUCCUCUACGACCCCGCCGCCGCCGGCGUCGACGCCAAGAAGGCCUUCCCGUUCCGCAACAUGCAUUUCUACGCGGAGCCCCGGGCGGCGAAGGAGGCGCUGGGGUGGACGAGCAGCACCAACCUGCCGGAGGACCUCAAGGAGCGGUACGCCGAGUACGCCGCCAGCGGCCGCGGGGAGAAGGCCAUGACCUUCGACCUCGACGACAAGAUCCUCGCCUCCGUCGGCAAGGCGCCGGCGAGCGUCGCCGUAUGA